GGCCUUAACAACGGCGCAUGGUGUUUAUUUGCGGAAGGUAAAAGUGUCACGUUUCCAAUAGCACGGAUAGCAUAGACACCGGUUGUAUAGAUCAAACUGAAAGGCUCUUUAAAAUAGUUGUUCUAAUAAAGACCGCCUGUAAAAGUAAAGUUAAACGUUGUAAGAAUGACAACGGAAGUACAAUCGGAUCUUCGAUUAGGACCAGAUCCUAACAUUACAUAUCCAAUUCAGGUCCUUUAUUGCGGAAAUUGCUCCCUUCCUAUCGAGUAUUGCGAAUAUUAUCCUGAGUAUGACAAAUGCAAACAAUGGCUGGAGAGAAAUCUGCCUACUGAGUUUGAAAAAGUAAAACUAGCUGUGGAGGAUGGUUCUACAGAAGCUGGUGGAGGUGAAGAUGAGAAGAAACGUCAGAAACGAGGUGGUAAGGGCAUGUUAAAGACGAAGAAGAAGGAAGAUGUGCCACGAUUAGUAACUGUCUCCAGAGCACCUAGAGGAAAGAAAAAAUCUGUCACUGUUGUAACUGGCCUCAGCACUUUCGAUAUAGACUUGAAGGUAGCAGCAAAAUUUUUUGGUAGCAAAUUUGCCUGUGGCUCCAGUGUAACUGGAGAUGAUGAAAUUGUCAUACAAGGAGAUAUCAAGGAUGAUCUGUUUGAAGUGAUACCAGAAAAGUGGCCGCAAAUUGAUGAAGACUCUAUAGAUGAUCUUGGGGAUCAAAAAAGAUAAUAAGGUUAUUUAUACUAUAUCAUUGUAUUUAAAUAUUAUGGUAUUUCUAUUCAUAUUUACUACAUGAAUAAAAAAAUGUACAUAAAAAUAUAAACAUGUCAAGGCCUA